GAAAUGGCAGAGUACAGCCUUGAUAAGCUUUCCUGGAGUGUAUUUUAGAGUCAGGUUCUGAGCGUUCGCUUUCUUCGUGCUUAACUGAUUUCAUAAAUAUCAGAUCUUAGGGGACGGCUUGAACUAAUAGAAUGGGACGUUUGAGGUUUCCUGUGAUUCCCGUGGUGCUCUUAUACACAACGGUAUUGCAGACGACUGAAGAAGUGAUACAGAUGGGCAUGUUUCCUGAAGCUGCCGAUUACUCCUUCCAGAAUUGUCGGAGCAAAAUGCUGCAAAUGGUCACAGAAAGUGGAGGUCUGCUGCAGACGGAGCUGAACAACAAUCCAGAUUUCAAAGCUAUUUGGCAGGACAGUGCAGCAUGCAGCGAGACCAUUCCAGGGGGUACGCCUCAGCAUGCGGCUGCCCUGAAGAGCUAUGCAGACGCUAGUCCUACAUUUCUUAAAGAAUUCAGAAAGUUGGCUAAGACUAACAAGGGAAGUUCAACGUACAGAGAUGAGUUUCCUUUCAAAUCUCUUUUUUUCCUGCUGACAGAUGCCGUGCAACUCUUAGGCCAAAACAAAUGCUGUACAGUGUACUUCGGUACGGAGAAGGAAUAUAACACCAAAAUCGGUGAGAAAGUGCGUUUUGAGAGUUUUGUUGCAGCAACAGUGGAACAUAGUGCUGCAGCUGAAGAUGCCAGUGACAGCGAUAGCACUGGGACC